AUGAAUUCGAUUCAUUUGAUUAACACUCUCGCACUUGGUGCUCCGCAUCGGUUCGCUUUACCACAAAGCCAUUCUCCGCCUCUUUCUCCCGCCGUCUCGAAACGGCAGCGUUUUUCUCCCUCCGCUAGGUUCCGGCUCGUCUCGGCCCAAACCGUCAAUUCAGUACCGCGCGCGAAUGGAAGUUAUAGAGUUUCCGAUUUCAUGACUAAGAAGCAGAAUUUACAUGUUGUUAAAACCUCCACAUCCGUUGAUGAAGCUUUGGAGGCUCUCGUCAGGAACAGAAUCAGUGGUCUUCCUGUAGUCGAUGACGACUGGAAUCUGGUUGGAGUUGUUUCAGAUUAUGACUUAUUAGCAAUUGAUACAAUAUCAGGUGGUUCUCAAUGUGGUGCAGGCCUAUUUCCUGAUGUCGACAGUACUUGGAAAACAUUCAACGAGAUACAAAAGCUUCUUAGCAAGACUAAUGGCAAAGUUGUUGGUGAUUUAAUGACUCCAAGUCCACUUGUUAUUCAUGAAUCCACUAGUUUGGAGGAUGCUGCCAGGUUGUUGCUUGAAACUAAGUAUCGUCGACUACCUGUGGUAGGCAAAGAUGGAAAGCUGGUUGGGCUUAUUACAAGGGGAAAUAUUGUUAAGGCGGCUCUGCUGUCAAAGCGCUCUAGGCUCCCGUAG